AUGAGCCGAAAAUUUGGCGAGUCGGUGCCCGAUGGUCCCGCUCGUGAGCCUCAACUCUCAUCGAGCUCCGAAUUGAUUCGGUUUUUGAGGAGCGAUGAGAUUGGAAGCGAAAUGAGCAUUCGGGGACCAUUUGGAUGGCGGAAAAUAAUUUAUUGCGAUUACACGGCGAGUGCUCGAGCAUUUUCGACGAUUGAAAAUUACAUUCAACAGGAGGUUUUGCCGUUUUAUGGCAACACGCACAGCUCAGUGACAUUCACCGCCGAGCAGACGACGCUUUUCAUGCACGAAGCCAGACAAGAAAUUCGCGCGCUCACCGGCGCCGGCGAUCUCGACGACGUGAUAUUCACCGGUAGCGGUUCGACAGCCGCUGUCGAGCUUCUUCUACACCUCAUGAACAUCGAAGAGAAUACGGUACAUGUGAUUCACUCGAUUCAAGAGCACCAUUCGAAUCUGUUGCCGUGGCGCAACGCCACUCGGCGAUGUCACGUCGUCGGCGAGGACGCGAGCGGUCGAAUCGACGUCGACGACGUCGCGCGUGUCGCGAAACGCGUUCGCGACGAGAAUCCGACGUCGCGAAUCGUCGCCGCGUUGACGGCGUGCUCGAAUCUCACCGGCAUUCGGUCGGACGUCGUCGCGAUCACGAGGAUUUUGAGGAAAUUCAAUGUGAUCUCGAUUUGGGACUACGCGUCAGCGGCGCCGUACACGUCGAUCAGCGUGAACGGCGACGAGCCGCUGGACGCGGUGUUCUUCUCGGGUCACAAAUUUCCCGGCGGUGUCGGCUCGCCGGGCGUUCUGAUCGUCAAAAAAUCGCUGAUCGCCGCCGAAUCGCCGAAACGCCACGGCGGCGGCACCGUGUUCUUCGUCAACGCCGACCGUCAAUGGUAUCUCAAAGAGGCGGAGCAUCGCGAGGAGGGCGGCACCGGCGACGCCGUCGGCGCCGUUCGUCUCGCGAUGGCGUUGAAACUCAAACGAAGCAUCGGCGUCGAGCGCAUCGAGGAGCUCGAACGCGAGCUGGUGCAGAUGAUGGUCGAGCGCCUCGAUCGAAUGAGCAAUUUGGUGGUGCUCGGCGCGAGAACGACGACGAGACGAUCGGCGACGUUCUCGUUUUUGGUGCGAUGCCGCGCGACGCGUCAAUUCUUCCAUCACAAUUACAUUGCGGCGUUGUUGAACGACGCGUUCGGAAUUCAGACGCGUGCCGGCUGCAUGUGCGCCGGACCGUACGCGCAUCGAUUGCUCGGAAUCGACGCGGCGACGUCGACGCGAAUCGUCGACGCGCUUCGCGAGGACGGCGGACUCGAUCGAACGCAUUUGCGGCGGCACGCCGAAUACUCGCAACGCGAAUUUUUGCGGCCCGGUUUCACGCGAAUCUCGUUUCCGUAUUUUUUCGGCCCUCGCCGCUUGUCGAAAAUUCUCGAUUGUCUCGAAUUUGUCGCGGAGAACGCGGGACGCUUUUUGCAUUUGUACCAAGUGAAUUGCGAGACCGGCGAAUGGCACCAUCAGAAUCAGCGAGUGUUCCACGGCCGGCGUUGGCUCGGCUACGCGAAAUUCACCGCGAACGGAAUAGUGACGAAGGAGAUGGAGAACGAAGCUGGACCAGAUCUCGACGAGCUGUUGGAGCAUUUCAAGAAGCUCGAGGUGCCUGUGGAAUUGUCGAAGAUACCUGAUGGAAGGCUGGCGAUUGGGAAGGAGUACGAAGACUUGCGAUGGUUCGUGCUCCCGAUUGAGCUGGCUGAGAAGGCGGUGAGCACGAGCAACUGUAUCAUCAGGCCGUUGGAGUAUGAGCGUGUCGACGAGGAAGAGCCGAUAGGAGGUCGAGUGGAAAAUGAGGAUCCGGAAGAUCAGGAGGAGGAGGAGCAGGAGCAGGAGGAGCUCGAUGAGGCUCCAACGUGUCCGCUGACUCGACCCAAAGGGAUUCCCGGCGAAAUCGGUGAUGAGAGUGAGGCUCGCGAGGUGCGACUGACUGAGGAUUGGAAUCGAAGAGUGGUGGUGAGACGAGUUGACGGCAAGCGAAAUGAGGAGGCGUGGCAUCAGCCGCCGUUGGAAAUGUACAAGAAGAUGACGGAUGUGAUACAUGAGCUUCAGAUGAUCAAGAAUGGCGACAAAGUGCUGGUUUGUCUGUCCGGCGGCAAAGACUCGCUCUCGCUUCUCCACUUGUUGCAUUUCUAUCAGCAGAGGUGCCAAAAAGCGAGAAGCACCUCAUUUGAUCUUGGGGCCAUCACAAUCGAUCCGGGAUCGGCCGAAUACAAUCCGAGGCCGCUUAUCGAUUAUUGUCGACGUUUGAACAUUGACUAUUUCUACGAGGAGCAGGACAUCAUCGGCGCGGCGAAACGCGUCGGCGGUCUGCGUUCGAUUUGCGCGUUUUGCAGUCGAAUGAAGCGCGGUCGACUGGCGGCGGCGGCUCAACAUCACGGAUGGAACGUGCUGGCGAUGGGACAACACUUGGACGAUUUGGCCGAGAGUUUUUUCAUCGCCGCGUUUCAGAACGGCAAUUUGAGCACGAUGAAGGCGCAGUAUGAGACGAAAGACGGCGCCCUUCGCGUCAUUCGGCCGCUGGUGUUCAUACGCGAGAAGGCGCUUCGAACGUUUGCCGAAGAGAAAAAGUUGCCCGUCGUCGCCGAGAAUUGUCCGGCGUGCUUCAAUCAGGCGACGGAACGUCACCGAAUCAAGCAGAUGUUGGCGCAACAGGAGCUCGUGUUUCCCGAGUUGUUCAAUUCGCUUCGAUCGGCCCUCAGGCCGCUUUUAUUGGUGGAUUCGGCGCACACUUCCGAAAUGCGGCAACAGGCCAUCCGAAACAUUAUCAUCAAUCGCUAG